ACGGUACGUAUCCAAAAGGAGGUGGAGGUAUGCACUUGUAAGGAAUUCAUGCCUGUGGAAACCUGGUUUAAGAAAGUUAAAGCGCCUUUCAGCUUUCGUAACAUGCACAUGACAGUGUGCAAGCAGGCUACUUCCACAUGUUGCUCGUCAUACCCAACAGGUUGUGAAGUUAACGUGCGUGCAAGUAAUACAUGCCUAUGGGCGCUAAACUUUUCUCUAAGAAUGUGAUUAGUAUCUUUGCGUUGAUAAGGUUAAAUGUAUCUAUUAUCUGUGUAUUUUGAAGUGUCGCUGUCAAUGUUGCAUGGUUAUAUGUAACACAAUACAAAAGCCAUGGAGGAAUUUACGGAGGAGGAUUUAAAGCUGCCGCCUGUGAAAUAUGAAUGUGAGUGAAGACCAUUGUGUCCGAAAAUGAUCAGUCGUCUGUGGCUGGUGUGUAACAGCAUUUCUAUUUAUACUGACAAUGCAGAUGCAGUGUGGAUUUGGCUGCUUGUUAUUGUUUCAAUUUUGAAGUGUUACUAAUAGGAGGUAAAUAUAAACAUGUUAUGACAUGUUUUGCGCUGGGAAGAGUGUCAUGCACAAGCAUCUUUAUCGUAAACCACAUAUGUAUUUGUAUGUCGUCUGUGAUGGCAGCCCUUGAAAAUCGCCGUAGAGGCAUGCCUUGAUGCAGGAGGCACUUGCCUUCAGAAUACGUGUUGUGUUGCAUUUGGAUCACACUGCAGAUGUACAAUUGCAUGCCUGGGGGGACAACUUGGAAGAAGCAUUUGAACAGUGUGCAAUGGCAAUGUUUGCUUACAUGACAGAAAUUGAAUAUGUGGAAAUGAAGGAAGCACAAGAAAUUGAAGCAACUGGUCAUGAUAUGCUGUCUCUGCUGUUCCACUUUUUGGAUGAAUUUCUUUUUCUAUUUUGUGCUGAACCAUUCUUUAUUGCAAGGAAAGUAAAAAUCCUUGAAUUUGAUCGAGCAAAUUUUCACAUUAAAGCUCGAGGAUAUGGUGAAGAAUUCCAACUAGGGAAGCAUCCACAGGGCACAGAAGUGAAAGCAAUAACCUAUUCAAACAUGCAGGUUCAUGAUAAUGAAGGACAGCAUGAAGUGUUUGUAAUUAUUGAUAUUUAAAAAAAAACUGCAUCAAAGUGUACAAAACUUAGACUUAAGCACAUAGCUCAUUUUAUGAGCCAUUCUUAUGUACAGAACAGUGAUGUUACAGUGGUUUGUGUCACCUGCUCUUGUUUUGUACCAUACUAUUUCAAUAUUAUCAUUUCUUCAUACAUGUGUCAAUUACACUUGCUUGUAGACAUGCCCUGCGAAUAAAAGCCUUUAUGUAAAUA